AUGUAUGAAGCUACAGUUGAUGGAAAGCGUUGCGUUGCUCUAAGGAAGACAAUGGAUGGUGCAUAUACCAUGUACAAAGCUCUACUGGAAUUUACUCAUCCAAACAUACUGAAGCCAGUGGGCAUUUGGGAGGACCCACACUGCCAUGACGUAGCAUAUAUAGUGUUUAGGGGAGUUGACGGCACAAUGGAACAACUUGGAGGACAAACAAUGUUUGAGGAAGGUGACCCUUACAAUGGCUUCUCUGAACACGGCUUUAAAAUGUUUAGGGCUAUCUUCUCCACUAUUGAUCAUGUCAACAGUCAUUAUGCUGGUGAGGGUACGUCCAGUGCAAGAAACACUCAACGCGAGUUAAUGCAAAUAAGGCUUGACCCGCCGAACAUAUAUUACAAGAUGGUGGAUGGCGAGCCGUUGGUGUUAUUAGGAAAUAUGGACAUAUAUUAUCAAGGAGCCAAUGGUUUGAAAGCAACACACUGGAACGAGAUUGGAGGCUGUCUAAAUUCCUUGUUUGGCCACGGUAACCAAGCCAGUAUGGAAUUAAGGGAGUUGGCUCGCUUCUUAAUGCAGGGAACAGUGAGUUAUGACGACCUACUUUGGCAGCCGGGUUUAUGGAAUGCCAACACAAAGAUGGAGUUCAUCAGAGAAAUACAUUUUAUGGUUGACAUGGAUCGUGAUGCAAAAAACAAGCUACCAUACGCACAGACAGAGAAAGGAGGUCAACUCAUGAGGGAGCCGUCUCUUGGACUAAUUCAUCUCAUGCGAGAGUUUACAAAACCAAAAGAUGAGAAUAACAUCGAACGAGAACAUAAGGAUAACAACUUGCUUCACUCAGUUUUAUUCUUGAGGAACAAAAUUGUCGCUCACUACGAUGACGAGUACAAAGGAUUUUCAGGUCAAAAGGAGAAAAUUGGGACAACUAAGGCUCAGAUUGAGAGAUAUGUACAACAUAGCAAGGGUGAUUACAUGAUAUUACUGGCGAGAGCCAUAAAGAAGUUACGGUGGUUUGAUUCGUCUCCACUUCUUCGAGGUGAAACCGACUAUAUGAGAGGAUUCUACAAGAUAAGGAUAUCCGAAGGGAAAGAAAAAGGCAAAGCAAAACAUUGA